CAGAGCCAUGGGGUUGGCGCGCGACGCCAUCCUGGAGGCGCUGGAGAACCUGACCGCCGAAGAGCUCAAGAAGUUCAAGCUGAAGCUGCUGUCCGUGCCGCUGCGCGACGGCUUCGGGCGCAUCCCACGGGGCACGCUGCUGGCCAUGGAUGCCAUAGACCUCACCGACAAGAUGGUCAGCUUCUACCUGGAGGAGUACGGCGCCGAGCUCACGGCGCUCGUGCUGCGCGACAUGGGCAUGCAGGAGUCGGCCGAGCGGCUGCAGCAGGCCUCGAGCAAGGGACUGCACUUCGUGGAUCGGCACCGAGCAGCCCUCAUCACGCGCGUCACAGACGUGGCCGGGGUGCUGGAUGCCCUUUACGGCUUGGUUCUGAACGAGGAGCAGUACCAGGCAGUGCAGGCAGAGAGCACCAAUGCUCUCAAGAUGAGGAAGCUUUUCAGCUUCACACCCGCCUGGAACCAGGCCUGCAAGGACCUGUUCCUCCAGGCCCUGAGGGACACCCAGCCCUACCUGGUGGCCGACCUGGAGCAGAGCUGA